CACUCAUUAUAUGCUUCUCUCUCUUUCUCACUCCUAAACUCAGGAGCCGUCAGCACAACCAAAACCAGACAACAUAACCAGGUUUCAGUUCUCCAACUCGAAAGUCUCCGCUAAUAAAAAUGAUUUCAUCCACAACACACAUCAGUCCAAAUACAGCAGUAUCCCACUCACUUAAUCACCGCCGUUUAUUCAAUCAAGUAAUCAGAUUCAACGGCAGGAAAUCCGUCGUGUCUGCUUGUCUUAACGUGGACGUGAGAGCACCGGAUAAUGGAGGAGCAGUAACAGCGGUGACAGCGAGUAAGGAAGUAAUGGAUGCUGAAGCGAAGUAUUUGGUGGGCACAUAUGCAAGAGCGCCGGUGGUUUUGGCGAGUGGCAAAGGUUGUAAUUUGUAUGAUGUUGAAGGGCGAGAGUAUUUGGAUAUGACUUCUGGGAUUGCUGUGAAUGCGUUAGGGCAUUCUGAUCCUGAUUGGGUCAAAGCUAUUGUUGAUCAGGUUAAUGUGUUGACUCAUGUCAGCAAUGUGUAUUAUUCUGUUCCUCAGGUGGAGCUUGCUAAGCGUCUCGUAGCUUGUUCAUUUGCUGAUCGUGUAUUUUUUACGAACUCUGGAACAGAAGCGAAUGAAGCAGCUAUCAAAUUUGCUAGGAAGUAUCAGAGACACUCAAACCCUGAUGCUACUGAUCCCGCCACUGAAUUCAUUUCUUUCAAUAAUUGCUUUCAUGGGAGGACCAUUGGUGCACUUUCUCUGACAAGCAAAGAGCAGUAUAGGUUACCUUUUGAACCUCUCAUGCCUGGGGUCACCUUUUCAGAGUACGGAAAUAUAGAUGCAGCAAGAAAAUUAAUCCAACGAGGGAAAACUGCUGCGGUUUUUGUUGAACCUCUCCAAGGUGAAGGUGGCAUCUACAGUGCGACUAAGGAGUUCCUACAGUUUUUGCGAGAUGCUUGUGAUGAGGCUGGGGCUCUCCUGGUGUUUGACGAGGUCCAAUGUGGUUUAGGCAGAACAGGAUACCUGUGGGCACAUGAACCAUACGGUGUCUUCCCAGAUAUAAUGACACUCGCCAAACCACUUGCUGGAGGCUUACCCAUUGGAGCUGUAUUGGUGACCGAAAGAGUUGCUUCGGCCAUAAAUUACGGUGACCAUGGAAGUACUUUCGCUGGCGGAUCUCUUGUCUGUAAUGCUGCCCUUACUGUCCUAGAGAAAAUUGCAAAACCGGAAUUCUUGGCUAGUGUAACAAAGAAAGGGAUUUACUUGAAAGAAAUUUUAAAGCAGAAGCUAGGUGGAAACUCACAUGUGAAAGAAAUUCGAGGGGCGGGCUUGAUUAUUGGGAUUGAGCUCGAUGUACCGGCCUCGCCACUUGUAGAUGCGUGUCGAAAUUCCGGCGUGCUUGUAUUAACUGCGGGAAAAGGAAAUGUCGUGAGGCUUGUUCCUCCUUUGAUUGUAACAGAGCAGGAGCUUGGUCAUGCAGCUGAAAUCCUACAAAAAUGCUUGCCAGUGCUUGAUGAAAGUGAUCCUAAAUAGUAGCAAAGGAUGUCUAACUGUCUAGCUGCUGAUAGAACUUUUCACACUUAGAAGAAUCAAUUUAUGCUGUUGUAACAUUUAAAUAAUUGAGAAAAGUUAUUUAUCAA